AUGUCUUCCUCCAGUGACCCCAGCUUCUCUGCUCCUGGGUCCUCUGAUCCUGGUCCGCACAUGAUGAAUCCUCGAUUAAACCUCGACUCGUCGGUCUAUGUUGUUCCGGCUUUGACUUUCUUGAGCUGUGUAGCAAUCAUGCAGUACGGUAAUUUUUGUUUGACGCCAGCUUCCGAACGCUCCCGACAAUCUUUUUACUUGGCAACGAUUGGGAUUUCAAUUCAUUUGGUUCAAAUUGCUUUGGACCUUUGGUACAUGUGCUAUUCUUUCCAAUCUUACUUGACCGGCCAGACAAAGGACCCUGUAAUUUUCCUCUACACCACUUUGGAAGUUUGUACGGCGGUGGGCAUAGCAGUAACGGUUCAGUAUCAUUAUUUUCGGCUCGUUCAAGCCAUGCCAGCGCUUUCUAAAUGGUGGACUGUUGCAAUCGGAUUCUUCGCGGUUGCAACUUGCGUAGGUGGCUUAGGAACAGGCGCCGAGUUCCAGGUGAUGGGUCGCACACCCCCUCCAACUGCAGGGCCACCCGUGAUCAGCAUUGUCUUUUUGGCAUUCUACAACAUGUGGUUAAUUUCGAAUUGUCUGACGGAUGGUACAAUCAGUAUCGCAAUGAUCUUAGCCCUGCGUCAUAGUCGAAGUCCUAUCCGGCAUCAAUCGCUGGCCACCACUUUACGCCGGUUGUUGUUUUUAACCGUCAGCACAUUUGGCCUCACAUUUAUUGUAGCCCUACUAUCCCUCAUCGUCCCAGCAUUACCCCACAUGAUACCUAGCAUGUCUAUUCGUGGGCAAGAGAUAUGUCGCGUCGGAUCGUUCGUUUUGAAUGGGAUCCUUCCUAGGAUUUACCUCAACUCAUUUUUCUGUAGCCUUCAGUGUGCCCGGGGCACCAAGUCGGCGAAGCACGAUACGAAAACGAUAACAGACUCAGAGCCUGAUUAUGAAAAAGUCUGA